AUGGUGAUGGAAGACGUAAGGAUUCUUUCUUUAGUGGCGGUGUAGAAUUGCACCAAUAUAGCCUGGGAUAGAUUGAACUUUGUUAACGGUUGAAGUACCCAUCUCCCAUUUGAGAUCCUGUAAGUAAAUAGAAGUGUAUAGAAGGUAGGUAGAAUUGUUUCCUGUUGACAAUAAAUGCUUCUAAAUAUUUGUUAUGUCCACAUUAUUGAUGUGUCGUUCACAAAGAGUUGGUUCUUUGAGUUGAAUCCCAACAUUCAUCUAAGACUAUUAACUUUCAUCCUUUUUUUGUGUGCCACUUGGAAAGUAAAAUGCUUUGCCUGAGACCUCUUUCCAACAUCUGAACUGUUCGUUGGUGCGUUUGACUCUCUGCUGUGUGUAUGAAGCGGUAUACAUGGAAUUGAAUCUUCUUAAUAAAGCAGACACAACAGUCAGUGAAGUUCGGCUGAGGUAAAGCAGGGACAUGGAUGAAGAGUUCACUCCGUUAGACUGCCUUCUGUCCACAGGAACCCAGAAGAUUUGCCUGGUCAUCCUGAAUCAACCGCUGGAGCCUCACUUCUUCCAUGUGCUCUGGAAAAAAGCUGUGAUCCGAGCAUGCGCAGACGGCGGAGCCAACCAUCUUUACCAACUGACAGAGGGUGAAAGGGAAAGUUUUCUACCAGAUUUCAUAAGUGGAGAUUUUGAUUCAAUUACACCUGAGGUCAAGACUUUCUACUCAGAAAAGAAGUGCAGGCUGAUUACAACCGCUGAUCAGGAUCUGACAGACUUCACUAAGUGCUUGACCCUCAUGCUGGAGGAAAUCAAGGAGCGACAAGCGCAGGUGGACACCAUCGUCACGCUGGGAGGCUUAGGAGGGCGAUUUGAUCAGAUCAUGGCUACAGUGGAGACGCUUUUUCACGUUCAGAAGAUGUCGGAGAUCCCGGUGGUGGUCAUCCAGGAUGACUCUAUGGCCUGUCUGCUCCGAGAGGGCAGGAAGCACCAGCUGUACGUGAACACAGGUUUGGAGGCCAAGUGGUGUGGUUUGAUCCCAGUGGGCAGCUCCUGCCUCACUAGCACCUCGGGGCUCAAAUGGAACCUGGAUAACCAGGUGCUGGAGUUCGGGAAGCUCGUCAGCACGUCCAAUACCUACGAAGAGCUUGAUGCCAAAGACGAGAGAAAACCUGUGACCAUCAGUACAGACAAACCUCUUCUAUGGACUAUGGGUAUUAAAACAGAGUAAGCAAAUACUUAGGAAGUGGACAUACACGUGCCUUAUGAUAUCAAUGAACCGUUUUAAUAAAAUAAUAAUUUAAAAAAAACAAACAAAAAAAACCCCACAAUUCACUUUUUUUUCCCAUUGAUUUAUUAAAACCACAACAAAAAAUAAAAUCCCAAAAAAAGAACAAACAUGUACAAAUUCAGUCCCGGUCCAUCAUCCAGCGCUGUUCCAAGCAGCUUCCAAUGUCCAAACAGCUUCAAAAUGGCAUUGAUUCAACCACCACUGAAAAAGAGGAAAGCAAAAUCAGGCUCAUACUCACACUAGGCCUGGUUGCCUGCACCAUGCCCAAACACGACUGCCCCCCUCCCCCACUCCUCUGCACGUAACGUUCCGUUCCUGAGCACGCUUUCGUCAUUGUUUUGAAGAAAAGCGCUCUCGCACAACACUCUGGAAUCCAUCAUUGUAACGCUACUUACUUUGUGGCUUAUUUGGAGUCGUUUGGGAUGCGGUGACACACUGCCCUCUCACAUGCCUAAUAAAUUUAUCACAUACGCAGCACUACGAUUUUCACCUAAUCAUGCCACACGUAACUGAAAAUUUUUAUGAAGGCAGCCAACGUCAUUGACGUCAUGUUUUUCCGAGUUCCGUGCUCGGCCACGGUUAGCGAUCACACUAGAUGCCCGUGUCCAACGGAGCAGUGCCCAAGGUCAUCUCUUCAACUGGCCCAGGCAUGGGUUUUAGGAGUCAAAUGUGCUCGGGCAUCGCUUUAGUGUGAAUAUACCCUUAAAGCCUUUACCUUUCUUUGCCUGAAUCAGAUGCAGCUGAGCCACAUUUGCUCCUACACACACUAAGGCUGGACAAUAUGAUCAUAUAAUCACAAUAUACUUUUCAGCUACAUCAUGAUAUCAUAUCGUCAGGUUUUUUUUUUUGGAUAACAAUUACAAACUGACUUGAAGCUGCUCCUCCAGUGUUAAAAAUUUGGACUGGAUCUUAAUGAAUGUCAAACUUGAAGAACCCUCCCUUCCCUUUUCAGUGUUAAAUGUAUUGUUGAAGAAUCAUCAAACUGCAUCGCUGUUUUGCUGGCAGCUUGUUAACAAACCUAUAUAUUGUAAUACAUAUCGCUAACAUGCCUUAGUAAAACACUAAAUUGUAGUAGGCUAAUUUUAGUUAAGUUGGCUAUUGGUGGUUAAGUAGCUAACAACAUUUUUCGAUACUGUCAUUACACAACUGUCUUAUGUUUUGAAUAAAAGUGGCCAAGUUAAA